UAACAAAUUGUACACCAGUUGUGUGCAAACCGACCUGGUCAGUAUGACACUGGACAGACGAUUACAGUGUUUGUUAUGGCUGUACAUCACCACACUCCAAGUUGUGACUGGAUUAUCCGUAGUGGUCAGUCCCAGUCCUGCAGCCGAGGUCGUGUCCGGUCAGACCCUUAGUCUCACGUGUCAGUGGUCAGCUGACUACACAGGACCAAAUGCUGCUGUUAACUAUAAACUAAAUGAUGGUGUAGGUAGAGUAGGUUCAAUGUUUAUAAACUUUGGGACAUCAUGUCUAUCAACACCACCCAACACAUUUACCUGUAACAGAGGCACGAGGACACUGGGGAUAAAGAUUCCCGCCAACAGCUACAGUCAAGGGGACAGAUGGACAUGUGAGGGGAGAAAUAAUAGCUUCGACACUACAACACCACCACAGACAGACACGACCACAGUGGACGUUAUAGGUGAGUGUAAUUAUUUGUGCGUGUCUAUGUAUGCUAGCGGAAAAAGAAACUGUGCCUAGAUAAAAUGGCAUAUUAAACAGUUACUUCAAAAGUACAGUAAUAGUUUGUUGCAGAAUUGCAAAAGACAUUAUCCAGCAAGUCAAUUCAAAAUGGUCAA